AUGGACGAAAAGGUCCGGGUAAGCUAUGAGGCCCAGCUGGUGGAGGCGCGUGCGACCGUCCGGGAGGUUAGUCGCCGGGAAGACGAGGUGGCGGCUGCUGUUAAGAUCAUUUCUGACCUAAACGCUACUCUGAGCGCCAUCGCUGCUCGUCAGGAUGAGAUACUUAAAGAGAUGAGUGCGGUAUACGCCGGGACAUCAGCUCUUCUAAAUAAGAGAGACGGGUGA